AUGUCUACCACCGAGAACACCGACGCACAGGUGGUCAAGCUCGUCUCUUCCGACAAUGUCGAGAUCAUGACUGAGCGCAAGAUCGCAGAGCGCUCCAUGCUCAUCAAGAACAUGAUCGAGGACCUUGGUGCUCCAGGCGAGGAGCCAAUCCCCAUCAUGAACGUAUCCGAGGCCGUCCUCCGCAAGGUGCUCGAGUGGUGCACCCACCACAAGAACGACCCCGCGCCAUCCCAGGACGACGACGCCGACUCCCGAAAGAAGACGACCGACAUCGAGGACUGGGACCAGAAGUUUAUGCAGGUCGACCAAGAGAUGCUCUUCGAGAUCAUCCUCGCCGCGAACUACAUGGACAUUAAGGCCCUCCUCGAUGUCGGCUGCAAGACCGUCGCAAACAUGAUCAAGGGCAAGUCGCCAGAGGAGAUCCGCAAGACCUUCAACAUCCAGAACGACUUCACCCCAGAAGAGGAGGACCAGAUCCGCCGCGAGAACGAGUGGGCUGAGGACCGUUAA